CACCAAGAAGCUCUCGAACUGUUUCAGAACCAUGUGGUUGAAGAAGAAAGCACCGCCUUAAACCGGAUGCAAUCACAAUCGCUAGCAUCCUUCCUUCCUACGCAGUGGUAAAUGAAUGUAAGCAGAUCCAUGCUCUUGCUGCCAAGUUCGGCUCAAACACCGUCAUCUCCAAUAUGGGUACACGAUUCAGGACUUCAGUCUGAAAUCGCCGAUUGCGUUGUUCUUCCUCUCCCAAAUCGGAGACCCAGAUGCAAAGUCCCUCCUCUCCUUCGUUUGCACUCCGGGAACCGGCAAAUGCUCCAGUUGGCUUCUUCUGCUCAAGCGGCGCCGUUUCUUCAUUGGUGUAACGGAGCUGUUAUUCCGCUCGACGCGUGGUGUCCGAGUCCAACUCAUGCAGCACAAUCAGGCCGCGCGGCGUUCACCGCAUCGCUGCUGACACCUUCGCCGAUUCGGUCUCCGCCACCUCUUUUCUUUUCGUAUGGUUAGUAGACGGUUGUUGGCCUUUCUCCACCUAACUCUGCAAUUUCACACUCUUUAUCCGCCAUGUCUUCACAAUCUCAAUCAGUUGUGCCUUCUACUCUUUCUUUGAAAUCUCUGAUGAUUCGAUCUUGACGCGAGACCAGUGGUGGGUUUUAUCUGAUUAGCCCGUUCCUUGAAUAAAGAAGCAAAGGAACUCUUUCCAAUUGCAAACUCCAUCCACCAUCAUUAUGGACACCAACAAUGCUGACGACUAUUCACCAAUUGGUUCUCCGUCUUCCCCCAAGCUGAACAACUACCGCAAAGUCUCAAUCCUCCCACUAGUGUUCCUCAUAUUCUAUGAAGUCUCCGGUGGACCCUUUGGAGUCGAGGACAGCGUCAAUGCCGCAGGACCACUCUUAGCUAUCCUUGGCUUCCUCAUCUUCCCAUUGGUAUGGAGCAUCCCGGAGGCCCUGAUAACAGCUGAGCUCGGCACAAUGUUCCCCGAGAAUGGUGGAUAUGUGGUCUGGGUCUCCUCAGCUCUCGGCCCUUUCUGGGGUUUUCAACAAGGCUGGAUGAAAUGGCUGAGCGGUGUAAUCGACAAUGCUCUAUACCCUGUCCUUUUUCUUGACUACCUAAAACCUGCAAUCCCAUCGCUUGAAGACGGCUUCAUAAGGAUGGUGGCGGUUCUCGUAUUAACGUUUAUGCUCACACUCUUGAACUAUAGGGGAUUAACAAUAGUAGGAUGGGCAGCUAUACUGCUUGGAGUGAUCUCACUUCUUCCGUUCCUCAUCAUGGGAGUGAUAGCAUUUCCUAAGCUCGAGCCCUCGAGGUGGCUGGUGGUCGACUUCAGCAAAGUCAACUGGACAUUGUACUUGAACACUCUCUUCUGGAACCUCAACUACUGGGACUCGAUUAGUACUCUAGCAGGAGAAGUCGAGAACCCUGGUAAAACCCUACCCAAGUCACUCUUCUAUGCGCUUAUCCUAACAGUUUUCAGCUACUUGAUCCCGUUAUUAGUGGGGACUGGUGCACUACCCCUCGAUCAGGAUCACUGGACCGACGGUUACUUCUCUGAGAUAGCCAAGGUUCUGGGAGGCGUGUGGCUAAUGUACUGGGUUCAAGCAGCUUCUGCAGUGUCGAACAUGGGGAUGUUCAUCGCCGAAAUGAGCAGCGACUCGUUCCAGCUUCUGGGGAUGGCCGAAAGAGGAAUGCUUCCCAAGUUCUUCAGCAAGAGGUCUCGCUACGGGACCCCUUCGAUCGGGAUACUGUUCUCUGCCUCAGGGGUCGUGCUGCUCUCGUGGAUGAGCUUUCAGGAGAUUGUGGCUGCGGAGAACUUCUUGUACUGCAUUGGGAUGAUCAUGGAGUUUGUUGCGUUCAUUAAGCUGAGGAUCGAUUACCCGGGAGCAACAAGGCCUUAUAAGGUCCCUCUUGGGACUGGUGGAGCUGUUGUGAUGUGUGUUCUUCCAGGCCUAUUGCUGGUGGUGGUUUUGGUGAUUGCUCCUUUGAAGGUGAUGGCAGUUAGCGCCGCGGCAAUUGUUGUUGGACUCGUUAUGUAUCCAUCUUUGCAGUAUGCUGAGAGGAAGAAUUGGCUGAGAUUCUCCAAGAAUUCUGAACAUGUAGACCUGCAUUCUUCCUUGACUUCUGUAUAGUGGUACUGAAGACUCAACUUUGUCAUGUGUCUUUUCUUUGAACAAAUGGUAGAAGAGACUUAAAAGGAAGAGCAUUAAAGCACUGUGUAGUUCUGGUUAGUUUAGUUAGCUGUUCCUCUAUUUGUACUACGUGCCAGCUCUUUGAAAGUUUAGUAAUUUAUUUACUGUUUGUUUUGUAUACUGGGCGUUGCUAUCCUUGUUUGAUGUUUCCAUUAGACUUUGGAUUUGGAAGAAUUGCAUUCAGUCUCUGUUUUUUUGGGGUUUCUUUCUUUCUGUAUGAUGUGCUGCAAACAAGCUGUUGUUUUUCACAGCAGGCCACCUUUCGACAGAUGUUUCAUGCAGAAACAUUUGUCAAUUACCGAUGGAAAUCUGGAACCAGGGGAAAACAUCACUAUCAUGUUGGAAUUCACUAGGCGGACUCAAACUUGAAAGAAACAGGCAGAGGAUAGAAGUAGGUGCCAUUGAUCAUCAGUACUACGAUGGGUGUCUUCAGGAACAGCCCGAGGGAAGCGCCAAGGAGGAAAAGAUCAUCUUCCACAACACUCCAACACUUGUUCAACUUGGAAUCAAACAAGGGAAGCAGCAACAACACCACCGAUUGUUGCAACGGUCCUGUAACCAACAAGCAAACCGAUGAAGAAAUCAUGUCCCUGGUAUGCCACUGCACCACCACCAUCUUCACCUUCGUCGAUGAUGACUUGGAGUCUCCAUCAGCACAAGAAGCGAAGAGGGUCAAGCUCCUCCAGCUUCUCUCCAUCAUAAAAUCACUCAAACGGGAGCUCCCAGAUCACGUCGUUACCUCCCUUGUGGCCAUGAUCUCGGCCAAUCUCUUCAGGCCGCUCCCUCCAACAUGUAACAACAACGUUCGCCAGCCGGCCCCAGCUGAGGAAAGUGAGGAGCUCGCCUCCUCGCUCUCCCCUCUCUGGUCCCACCUCCAGCCCAUCUAUGACAUCCUCCUCCGCCUCCUUAUUAUCGUGGAUCCCAAAUCACACCAUUGCCGUCUCAUUAUCGAUCAACAGUUCCUCCUCAGCCUCCUCGACCUCUUCCAGUCUGAGGACCCGAGAGAGCGGGAGAGCUUGAAGAAUGUUUACCACAAGAUAUAUUCGAAGUUCACGUUUUACCGAGCAUUCAUGAGGAAGUCGAUGAAUGAUGUCCUGUUACACUAUGCUUUUGAGGCCGAGAAGAACUCGGGGAUAGGCGAGCUGCUCGAGAUAUGGGGUAGUAUCAUUAAUGGAUUUACCGUGCCGUUAAAGGAAGAGCAUAAGUUGUUCUUGAUGAGGGUGUUGAUUCCUUUGCACAAGACGAAAGGGAUGAUGGUUUAUCACAGGCAGCUGGCUUACUGUGUCUCUCAGUUUGUGCAGAAGGAGCCUAUGCUUGGUGGGUUGGUUGUUAGAGGAAUCCUGAGGUACUGGCCUAUUACCAAUUGCCAUAAGCAGAUCUUGCUGAUCAGUGAACUGGAAGAACUGGUGGAGAAUAUCAGUUCUGACCAUUAUAGAAGGCUGGCUUUGCCCUUGUGCACCCAAAUCACAAGAUGCCUCAACAGUUGGAACUCUCAGGUUGCAGAGCGAGCUCUAUACUUGUGGAACAACGAGAUGUUUGUGAAGAUGGCAACAUCCGCCAUCGAAGAAGUGUUCCCAGUGGUGGUCGAAGGGAUGGAGAAGAACAUGAAAUGGCAUUGGAGCAGCAGCGUGAAGCAACUGACGGAGAAUGUGAAGAAGAUGCUGGAAGAAAUGGACCCGACCCUUUACGACAAGUGUCUCCAGGAGAUUGGCCACAAGGAUUUCGUCGCAAGGCAAGAGGAGACGAAGAGGAAGGCUAGAUGGGAAAGAGUCGAACUGCAGGCAGCCAUGAAUACAAACAACCAUCAUCAACAUCAUCAGGCUAUUCUUCAGCCGCAAACGCCACCACCAACGCCGCCGCGACGGCUGCCUCAGUACAUUGUUGUUUCCCAUUAGAGAUCUGCAGCGGAAGAUCAAAGACCUGGUCAUGGAAUCCCCCGCUCAUAAUUUCGGUGGUGUUUGAUUCUAUUUUUUUAAUCUUUUGAUUUGUUGUUUUGUGUUGUUUAUGUGGUUGAUCUCUGUUCUUGUUAUGUGGUUCAAGGGAUGUAAUAACCAUAUAUACAAAUUGUGUGACAUUAGGCAAUUCUGGAAUUGGUCAAAAUGAAGUAGGUGAUGGACCCAUUGAGAUGACCAGGACUUGUAACUAUCCAAAUUCUGUGGUUGUCUGCAUGUAGGUCAACUCGAUCUCAUGUCAGAUUGGUUUAUCAUCGAUUUCGUGUGAAAUCAUUUUCUAAUUAUAAUAAUUGAACUAGAU